AUGGCGCCAGUUACAUUAAGCACGGUCGAUAAUGACCUCAAGGACAUCAUCCAGCAACUCUUCGAAAUCCAAUCCGCUGUGCAUGGCUACCUCGGUCAAGAGACGCAGCAGGAACUCGUCCGGAAGAUAAAAACAUUAACCCUCGCCCUCUCGACCCUCUCCGCACACACCCAAGACAACCCACCCCAACCCUCCGACCCCCAACAACGAUCGCAACAAGGAAACCCAGACCCCCCCCUCAGCAGCAUCCAACUUCCCCCCGAGAUAAUCGACUACGUCGACUCGGCGCGCAACCCGGACAUCUACACGCGCGAAUUCGUCGAGCUAGUACAGCGCGGGAAUCAGGAUCUCAAGGGGAAGAGAGAGGCAUUUGCGAGUUUUCGGGACGUGCUGGCGAGGGAGAUGAGGAGUGCUAUGCCGGAGUGUAGGGGAGAGGUCGAGAGGGUCAUGAGGGAGACGUAG